AUGACUACUCGUAGAAGAGAUAUUUUUACUAGUGUUUCUUCAAUACGUUUUGAUUUGGACUUAGGAAGAUAUCUUGGAGUUAACCUUAAUCAUUCCCGUACCAGUAGGGCUUCUUUUCAUUCGGUGAUUGAAAAGGUGAGGGGAAGAUUAGCUAAUUGGAAAGGAAGGCUUCUAAAUAAAGCAGGGAGACUUUGCCUGAUCAAUUCUGUUGCAGCAUCCAUUCCUGUCUAUCAUAUGCAGGACAAGCAUUGGGUUGCUCUAUUGAGGGCGAAGUAUCUGAAGAAUGAGGGAGUUUUAGAUGGCCCUGUCCCUUGCAAUGCUUCUCAUAUUUGGAAGAGUAUCUCAAAGGCUUUUGGUGCUCUUAAGGAUGCCUUCUCUUGGUGCGUUGGUUCACUUGAUCAAUCUUUUUGGUUUGACAAUUGGAGUAUUGAGGGCCCAAUUGCUCAAGAUGUUCCUUUUGUAUAUAUAUCUGACUCUGAUUUAACUAUUAGAGAUGUUUGGAAAGAUGGUCAAUGGAAUCUCCAUGAUAUUUUCUCUAUCAUUCCAGAAGAUGUCAAACAGCGUUUGAAUGCUUAUAAUUCGGAUUUGAAUGCUGGACAGAGUUCGGAUGUUCCUUUUGCACAUAUAUCUGACUCUGAUUUAACUAUUAGAGACGUUUGGAAAGAUGGUCAAUGGAAUCUCCAUGAUAUUUUCUCUAUCAUUCCAGAAGAUGUCAAACAGCGUUUGAAUGCUUAUAAUUCGGAUUUGAAUGCUGGACAGAGUUCGGGUUGGUCGUGGAGUGUGGCAUCUUCUAGACUCUACUCAGCUAGGAGUGGGUACAGCUGGCUAGCCAAAAGAAAGUUUGACUGGAAUGAGCAUGAUAAUUGGUUGUGGGUAUGGCGACUGCAUAUUCCUGAGAAGUACAAGUUCCUGAUUUGGCUCAGUCUUCAUAAUGCUAUUCCUAUGGCAGAGUUUCGUUUGAGUCGUGGUUUAGAUUUAUCUAGCACCUGUCAUCGGUGUCAGAAUGGUUCUGAAUCCAUUCUUCAUUGUCUUCGGGAGUGCCCUAGUGCCAAGGAGGUCUGGAACCUUUUAGGCCUGUAUUCAGAUAACUCGAAUUUACAUGAUUGGCUCUACAGAGGUGCAAGGAGUGGAGAUGUUUUUCUUUUCUUUUCGAGCAUCUGGUGGAUUUGGAAAAGCAAGAAUCAUGACUUAUUUAAUAUAGAUGAUUCAUGGAGUGCCAGUAAAGUGGUGAGUUUGAUUCGUAGUUCAGUAAGGGAGUUUCACAGUAUUUUUGCUAUGCAUCAAUCUCUGUCUCAUCCUUCACUUUAUUUGCAUUGGGUUCCACUUCCAGUUCAUUCUGUUGAAUUGAAUUGUGAUGCUAGUUGGUUUGCUUCUUUUGACUAUGCUGGUUUUGGUUGUAUCAUUCGCAAUCCUGAUGGAUGUUGGUUGAAAGGUUGCACUGGGAAAGUCGAAGUGUGCAGUGUUUUUUUUGCUGAAUUGUAUGCAAUUUGGAGAGGUUUACUUCUUGCUUGGGAGAGUGGAUUUCAUGAGGUUAUUUGUGAAACAAACUGUUUAGAAGCUCUUUUCUUGGUAAACCAAAGAAUGCUUGGUAAGGAUAUUCCGGAAUGGGAUUUGGCAAAGCAUAUACAGGAGCACUACCAUCUUCGUAAGAGAACACGAAAUUCUUAUCUUAUUUCCGUGUUGAAACCACCACAUUCUGAUAUCUCAAUUUGA